GGGAAUCGUAGGGAACUGAAACACAUGCAGAGGUGGUAGUUAUUUGGAGUUGCCGUGACAAUGUCGUCAACGUUAAUGCAGACGAAGAAACGUGCUGCCGGAGCACUGUUUGCCCUCGCCCUAAACCAUGUCCAGAUCCACCAGACUCGUCCUUUGGCCAAUGCAAUCGCCGCCGAUUCCUUCUCCAAUGAGCGUCGCCUUUGGGUCCACGAGUCCUCCGGUCUCCUCCGCCCUAUUUUCAGGUUCCUAGAAAUUGAAAGUGCAGCUUGGCCUGAUCUGGAGACAACUGCUAUCUCUUCUAAUGUCAGGCGUAAUGUUGGAUCAUUUUUACGAGUACUUGCGGAAGAAAAUGAUGGAAGUGCUUCUAAGGAAGUGUCAGAACAAGAACUUGCAUUAUCCAAAGCUGUAGAUGCGAUGGUAUCAAAUAUAGAAACAUCUCCAGAACAUUUUGAGCAUAAAAAAGAAAAGCAUAGGUUAUACGCGCAUGAAUGGCGUGAAAAAUUUUCAGUUAAUGAAUCAAUGGCUGAAACAAAGGAGCACCUUCAAAAGAAGGAAGAGAAGGAUUGUAAGUCACCAAGGUCUGAACAAGUGCCUGCUGCGUCCAAUAGUGAAGUGCAAGAAAAAAGGUUUGAAGAGGUGGGAUUGAUUGGGAAUCAAAGGAAAGUUGCGGUUUUAUAUGAGCUUCUUUCAGCUUGUUUGGCUGAUACACCUGAAGAUGAUAAAACAACUGAAAGACCUCCAAAAGGGUAUGAUGCUCGUCAUCGUGCUGCUUUGAGGUUGCUCACAACGUGGUUUGAACUCAAGUGGAUUAAAAUGGAAGCAAUUGAGGUGGUUAUUUCAUGUUCAGCAAUGGCUGUUUUGAAACAAGAUGAUGGAGUCGAAAAUGUACAAACUUCAGAUGACUCAUGGGAGAAGUGGAAACGUGGAGGUCUCAUUGGAGCAGCUGCUGUAACUGGUGGAACCCUAAUGGCAAUCACUGGUGGUUUAGCUGCUCCAGCAAUUGCAUCAGGAGUUGGUGCUUUAGCACCUACAUUAGGCACCAUUGUGCCAGUGAUUGGAGCUGGUGGAUUUGCUGCUGUUGCAAGUGCUGCAGGAAGUGUUGCAGGUUCUGUUGCAGUAGCUGCAUCAUUUGGAGCUGCUGGGGCUGGACUUUCGGGGACUAAAAUGGCUAGAAGGACAGGAAGUGUGGAUGAAUUUGAGUUCAAAGGCAUAGGGGAAAACCACAACCAAGGCAGGUUGUCUGUUGGGAUCAUGGUGUCAGGAUUUGUAUUUGAGGAACAAGAUUUUUUAAGGCCUUGGGAAGGACAAAAUGAUAACUUGGAAAGGUAUGCGUUACAGUGGGAAUCCGAGCAUCUGAUUGCUGUAAGCACUGCAAUCCAGGAUUGGCUUACAUCAAGAAUUGCAAUGGAAUUAAUGAAACAAGGUGCUAUGAUGACAGUUUUAAGCUCUCUUUUAGCCGCUUUAGCCUUGCCUGCAACUUUACUCACUCUAACUGACAUCAUCGAUAGCAAAUGGUCCAUUGCUGUGGACAGAUCUGACAAGGCUGGAAAGCUUCUUGCUGAAGUGUUGGUCAACGGAUUGCAAGGUAACAGGCCUGUAACACUAGUGGGAUUUUCACUUGGAGCACGUGCGAUUUUUAAGUGUCUUCAGAGUUUGGCUGAAACGGGUCAUGUUGGACUUGUGGAAAGAGUUGUUCUACUUGGAGCACCAGUUGCUAUUAAAGAUGAAAAUUGGGAAGCUAUUAGGAAGGUUGUUUCUGGGAGAUUAGUAAAUGCUUAUUCAACCACUGACUGGAUGCUUGGAGUAGCUUUUCGUGCCAGUCUUCUUAGUCAAGGAUUAGCUGGAAUUCAACCGGUGGAUGUUCCUGGAAUAGAGAACGUUGAUGUUACAGAAGUGAUAGAGGGCCAUUCUUCUUAUUUGUGGGGCACUCGAGAGAUACUAGAUCGCCUUGAUCUUGAUGGAUAUUAUCCUGUUUUUAAAGUUGCUCAUAAGCAUCAAAAAGCAAACGAAAAUGCCUGA